UUAGGCGGUGAGGCCCUGGACAGGUUGUUCAUUGCCCACCCCACCACCAAGACCUACUUUUCCCACUUCGACUUAACCCCCGGCUCCGCUCAGAUCAAGGGGCACGGCAAGAAGGUGGCGGCUGCACUGGUCGAGGCUGCCAACAACCUCGAUGACAUCGCGGGUGCCCUCUCCAAGCUCAGCGACCUCCACGCUCAAAAGCUCCGCGUGGACCCCGUCAACUUCAAACUGCUGGGCCACUGCUUCCUGGUGGUGGUGGCCAUCCACCACCCCGGUGUCCUGACCCCGGAGGUCCACGCUUCCCUGGACAAGUUCCUGUGCACCGUGGGCACCGUGCUGACUGCCAAGUACCGUUAAGACGGCACCAUGGCUAGAGCUGGAUCCGACCAACUUGCCAGCCCUCCGACAGCGAGCAGUUAAAUGAUUUAAAAUAAAAUCUUGCUUCAUUUGUGCUCCA